CAACUGUAGUUUGGCUAAAGGGACAUGGACUAACACACACACACACACACACACACACACAGCACGGUGGUUGAGUGGGAGUGGGUGAGAGCCAUAAGGAGCCUGUGAGAAGGUCAACAAAGCAACAGAAAGAAGAGCGAUUAAGAGUGAGCAAGCAUUGAGGACGGAAAGGGGGCCACCAUGACCUCAUCGCACUCAAGGAGGGGUGAUUUGAUUUGAAAUGGCUCAGUGGAUCCACACAUGGACACCACGGUGAAGGACAGCAGCUGUUGGCCUCGUCAUACGAGGAGUUAGAGGAGGAUCACGUCUCAUUGGUGUGCUGUGUUGAACUCCAUCUGGCCAAGAAGAAGAAGAAUUUGUGGAAAGGUCCUCAGAAUAAUCUUGUGAAGAAAUAUGGCCCCCAAGAAGAAGGCCUCUCGGCAGAAAAAGGUCACCCCUGAUGCCGUCAGCGAGGUCACCAUGGUGAGCACCCCCGUGCCCCUGAAGGUGGAGCAUCGCGGCAACGGGGUGGUGGUGGUGGAGAGUGCGGCCAAGAAGAUCGAGCAGAUGGCGGCACUGGACAUCGCCCAGCUGAACAGCCUCAACCUGCCCCUCCCGCCGCCCAUCAUCAAGCCCGGCGAGAGAGGUCUGGGCCUGGGCACCGAGCUCACACGGCCUCUGCACGGCAAUGCUCUGCUGGAGGAGCUCAGCAAGAUGCGUCAGGAGAAAUUCCUGACUGAUCUGGAGUUGGGCUGCAAGACAAAAUCCUUUGACGUCCACAAGCUGGUCAUCUCCUCCAUCAGUCAAUAUUUCCAGGAAAUCCUGGCCAAAGAUCCUGACAUGAAGCGGCUGGAGCUCCCGUCCCUAUCACCUCUUGGUUUGGCCAACGUCAUCACCUUCGCUUACCUGGGCCGUGUGCACAUGUCGCUCUACACCAUCGGCUGCACCGUGUCGGCCGCCGCCACUCUGCAGAUCCCCCAGCUCCUGAAGAUGUGCACGGACUUCCUGCUGGCCGAGCUCAACGUGCAGACAUGCGUGUACAUCUGGAACAUCGCCGCCGCCUACGGCCUGCUGUCCGUGUGUGACGCCGCCCGCCGCUUCGUGUUAGACAACUUUGUCCAGUUCGCCGAGACACCGCUCUUCACCCAGCUUACCCUGGAGCAGAUCUGUGCCUUCCUGCAGGAAGACUCGCUGAUGCUCCCCUCGGAGGUCACCACCUUCCAGCUGGCCAUGAAGUGGCUGGACUUUGAUGCCGCCCGCCAGCCUCAUGCCGCCGCCCUCCUCUCUCACGUGCGACUCGAGACCAUCCCGGCCUGUGAGUUGGUGAGCCAGAUCCAGCCUGUGCCACGCAUGAUGCUGGAUCCCCAGUGCCACCGCCUGCUGGUGGAUGCCAUGAACUACCACCUGCUGCCCCACCAGCAAAACACGCUGCAGUCCCGCCGCACGCAGGUCCGCGCCAGCCACCAGACCUUGCUCACCGUUGGCGGCCGGCCCUCGCUCACUGAACGUGCCCUCAGCCGCGAGGUGCUGUGGCGGGACCCUCGUGAGGGUGGAGCGGCCUGGCGCCACCUCGCCCAGCUGCCAGCAAAGAGCUUCAAUCAGUGCGUGGCAGUGAUGGAUGGCUUUCUGUAUGUGGCAGGUGGCGAGGACCAAAACGACGCUCGUAACCAGGCCAAGCACGCUGUCAGCACCCUCAGCAGGUAUGACCCCCGCUUCAACACCUGGCUCCACCUGGCUAGUAUGCGUCAACGCCGCACACAUUUCUCACUGGCAGCCAGUGGGGGACGCCUGUUUGCCAUCGGUGGUCGAAAUGUGGAGGGCCUUCUGGCCACGACAGAGAGCUACCUGCCCUCCUCCAACACCUGGCAGAUGCGUGCCCCUAUGGAGGUGCCGCGCUGCUGCCAUGCCAGUGCCACCCUCCCCUCCGGAAACAUCCUGGUGAGUGGCGGCUACAUCAACUGUGCCUACUCCCGCUCUGUGGCAUGUUACAGCGUGGACAGCGACACCUGGAUGGAGAAGACCCCCAUGGAGACUCCCCGGGGCUGGCACUGCUCUGCCACCCUGGGUGGGAAAGUGUACGUGGUGGGUGGGAGCCAGCUGGGGCCCGGCGGGGAGAGGCUGGAUGUGCUUACUGUGGAGGUCUUCUUCCCGGAGGGUGAGGGUGCAUGGAGCUGGGCUGCCCCGCUACAAGUGGGCGUGAGCACGGCAGGCCUGUCGCCACUAGCCGACAAGCUAUACCUGCUGGGGGGAUGGAACGAGGCGGAGAAGCGCUACAAGGCCGCCGUCCAGACCUACAAUCCGGCCACGGACAGCUGGUCCCCGGCGGAGGACCUGCCUGAGCCCACAGUGGGCGUGUCCUGCUGUGCGCUGUCACUGCCGCCUCGUCACACCCCACGCCGCCAGCAGCACCGCAACACACCAGGCCACGAGGAACACCAGAAGGCUGGGAAGAACCGGAGCAGAGAGAGCAGUGUGGCACCGGUGCAAAGCAGCACGGUAUAGAUGGGCUAAGAGACCGGAGGACAUCUGGAUCACGUCUGCUCAACAAUAUUCAUCAUUGAUAAUUUGACAUUUUUAAUUAAAACAAGGAAUUGAAUGGAGUCUAAUGAAGUUAUGGGUUAAAUUUGAAACUACAGAUGAAUCUUGAACAACAGAGGGUCCAGCAUGUUCCCACGGGAAUGAAAAUGAAGAUUUGAAGGAAACACAAGGAGCAGGUGGAGGAUGAAGAGGAUGGAGACAAUGAGGAAACAAGAGUAGAGAAGAAGGCUGUUUGGGACAAACACCCAAGGAAUGAAGCAGAGUUGUUUGUGUGGCGAAAGGAGUCGUUCAUCAGAUUGAUCGUCAGGAAGAUCAAACAGGCACACCGGUGCAUCUCAAAUUACAAUAGCGUGCGUCAAAUCAGGCUAAGAAAUGAGUGAAUGGCUCAGGAUGUUUUUGUGAUUCAAUUGUUGAUUCAAAUACGAACCAGAAGUUUACAAGUCAGCUUUUUUACUUUCAUUUGAGAUACUGAAUAUGGGGUUUUUGUUAGUUGUAAACCAAACAGGAUACACGAGUGUCACUUUUUGAACUCAACUUUUCAAAACAUCCUAAUUCAUUGAGAUGCACCUGUACAUGUGCUAGGAAAGCACUUUGUCAUGCAAGAUACAUUAAAAAGGAGUCCUUAGGCUCAAUUGCUUCCUCAGAUUAAGAGGGAUAAGUUCAUGCAUUUAAGAUGUUUAAAGUGCAGGGUGGAAGACAAGUCUAGAAUACUGACAAAGACGAGAAAUAUAAUCAAUGCCAAAUGAAAAUUUUCCAUAAAAGACAAAAAACAAUGUUUCCUGAAACUUAAACCUCAAGUAAAGAACCAGUAAGACUCCAGAAGCCCAUUCACCGUUUUUGAGGCUAAUGUGGAUUUUCUUUUCAUAGGACUUCUUUGUAGUCCACCCAUCUUAUUUGAUGGAGUUUCACUGAAUAAAACCAAACUGAUCAAAAGCCUGUCUCUACAGUUUCA